GGAUAAUGUGUUGGUACCCUGUCACUGGGAGGAACCCCAAGUCGCAAAAACAGCUCGACCGCCCCAUAGAACCCCCCUCUCUCUCAAGCCUCAACAACAUCAAAUAUGAGUUCAGUAGUUAGGAUUUAGGAAGGGAAACAAAGGGAGGUGCAUAGAUGGAUCACAGCCAUUGUCAGCCAGCUAAUCUCAUCCUUCCUACCUGACUGCAGCUCCUUUCUUUCUCACGCCAAGCAGAGGAGAGAACAGUUGAACUAGGGUUUCCUUUAUUACAUGGGAUGGGAGGCUUCUUUAUUACCGCUGAAUAAAUCCUUGAAGAGGAAGGCACAGCUUCUGUUUCUGCUUCCGCCGCCUCUCUCUCUCUCUCGCUCAUCAUCUCCUCUGGCUUUUACGGUUGCAGUCUGUAUAAAAAAUCUGACAUGGUGAAGAAGGAGGCGAUGGAAGCGGAUGACGUGGAAGCAUUUUUGGCGAGUUUGGAUCCUAAAUGCAAACGCUGCCCUCCUCAGGUUGUCGCAAAGUUGUUAGAGUCGAGAGCAAUUGGUUGCGUGACCGCGCUUCUGGAGCGUAAAAUUGCUCACAACCAGCUGUUGGAUCUCCGCCGCCACAGGGCGAAAAACUGCCUGCAGCCCUUGCAUUAUGCUGCUAAGUUCGGGUUUCACGAGGCGAUCGAGUUGUUUAUCCGCCACGGGGUUUCUCCGAGCCUUAGUUGUUUGAGCUUUAGACCCCAUAAGCUCGAAACGGGAGCCAUCGACUACGCGCUAGAGGCCAGUUGGGAUGAGUGGAACAAGAAGGCGGAGGAAAGCCGAAGCGGCCUCCUCCUCUCGGAUUUGAUCCUCUGGCUGCCGGAAUGGAUCUCAGACGCUGGCAACUGGUGGCACACGGUGAAGCUGCUCGGGCGCGCCAACGACACGGGUUUGGAGAUGAAAACCUAUGAGUAUGCAAGGAAUGGCCAAGCGGCCAAGUUGCUCUGGCUUCUCCUCGCAGUCCCUGACCGAGUUCUUUCCCCAACAUUCUUGCAUUUCCUAACUUUACGUUCGGAGAUCGGAACUUCACUUUUGAAAUACCACUCCCUUCGCGAUUUCCUUACCGCUCAGCUUGCUUUCGUGGUGGCCGACAUCUGGUGCUGCAGCGAUUGCAACGAUCCCCAGUUGUCCAAGUCUUUAGAGGAAAAGCGGUCAAUCCUCACCUCUUCCCUGCUAUUACUCCAAGUCUUUCAGAGGGCUGGUACUCAAUUGUCUAACUUAAUUCCAAUGCUGCUAGAAAAAGAAAAACAGCAUCUUUCGAAUUCCCCAAUUGCUCAACAGGUCCAGACUAUCUUGGAAGGAGCUGGGAUCCCUUUAUCUUCUCUGAAUUGCCCUAUCAUAUCUACCCAAGAUUCCAAGAUCAACUAUCCAUACCCUAGCGGACCGCUCAACCAUAGCAGGAAGCCCUCUCACGGGCCAAGAGGGCCUUUGGCCUUUUUGAUUCAACCUGCUGGUGUCAACAGAAGUGAAAUUCUUGAUUCGGAAUUCAGCAGGGCUAUCGAGAAGUUAUGGUAUUUUCUGCUCGUUGCUUCUUGGUUUUAUUGUGCAUUCUUAGCAAAACUUGUAAAGUUCUAUUCUGAAUUUGGGGCUAGAGUACCAUCCGCGAAUGUGUAUGAUUCACCAAUGUCUCUUCUUGGUGUUGUGCAGCAACUAUCAUCCUUGUCUUAAGGAAUUGAGCUCCCAAGUGUCCUCUUUCAAGUUGAUUUUCAUAUUUUGUCUUCCCGACUUGGUAGAAAAGAUGCAUUGCAUGUUGCAGUUGGAGCUCGGGUAUGGUAAGCCUACAAAAGUCAUCCACCCCAUCUAUCUUGCAAAAUUAUGCUUUAUCUACAUCACAGAGAGGCGAAUUGCUGAGUUCACUGCUGCUUUAAUGGCCGUACGAGUUCUUCUACAGUUUGACCAUCCACUUAGUCCGCAAAUGUCUUACCGUAUUAUGGAUAUGGAUCAUAAGGAUUAUACCCCAACAUUUUAUGACUUUUUACUGCAUGCUUUGAGGAGAGUGCUCGAUGAGGAAAUCAGCUUAACAGGAAAGAGCAAGGACAAUGCUACUGUUCAAAUUUUAAAGGAGAAAAAAUCAAUAUUGGCUUCUGCAUUUUUAUUAACACGGAUAUUCGAAAACUCUUCACAACGUAUUCAUAGGUAUCUUCACUCUCCAAGAUAUAAGGUAAUUCAGGAACAUAUGGACUUGAAAAUGAUUGUAGAUGAUGUUGCUUCCUUGCUUAAAGACUCGGGAUUUAAAUUAACACCUGAGGAUGUCUGCGUGGAUCACUUGGAGUGUUUCUCCAGCAAAGCAGGUGUCAGCAGAACCGGGUUUGAAGAAGGAAAUCUAUUGUCAUUUGUGUCACAUCUGCAGACAACUUCAUGUGUGAAGGAGAAGCAAGCAACCAGAGCCUCAAUGGCAAUCAUGUCGAUCAAAAACGUUGAAUCAUCUUUGCUUGUUGGUUCAUCCAUUAACAAAUUUCCAUCGCGUUCGUAUCACUCUUUCUUGCCAAGGUAUGCAGGGUCUAAGGUUGCCUGGUUGCCUACACAAAAUGGGGCCAAGUUGAUAACAAAAAGAGUGGAGGCAGCAAAAUUGUCGGAUUCUAUGCUGAGAAAGAGUUGGAAGUUCUUGACAAUGACUAAGAUGUUGCGUUUGUGAUGAUGGCACAUAUUCCUGACGGGGUUGCUUCAAUCUACUGUGUUAAUUGCAUGCCAUGACGCUGAUUUAACGUGAUGCUGGUUGUGUUGUAUAUUUACACUUAGCGCUUUUAUCAUGUUUUUGCCCAUGUGCUUAUAGUACUAGUCAGUUAUUCUUUCAUAAGAGACUAAAGAGUUAGGAGUAGAUAAGUUGGAACAAGUGUUCCAAUAUCAUGUGUCGAGUUGAAUGGUACUCAUCGGAGUAGGUUGUGAAAGGUGAUGGAGUCUUUGAAAUCAGAUUGUGGAUCUUGGCCCAUGUUUACCGAUAUACAAUCUUCUCUUGCAGCUGAGAAUUUGAGGAAUUAACUGACUCUAUGUCUGUUUCUGUGUACAAGAUUUUCUAACUGAUGAUAUGAUGG